GACAGCAAUUUCAACGGAAUGAUGUUUAUGACCUGAUCUGAUCAGAUUUUCCUUUCGUUACUAUGUGAAACUAUCACAGAUUAUUCCGUUGUUCCUCUGUAUGAUUUCAGCCAUAUCAGUAUACUUCCAUAGUCGUUUGUUUGGCAAAUGCCGUAUCAUUCAAGACAUCAUUCUAUCUAGAGCUAAGUUAGUUGGAAGCCAACUGAUUAAGACCAAGAUAUGAGAAAGAGAGAGUGGGGAGACAGAUUGAGGCAGGUGGAGAAGAGGGCUCAUUCUUAUCAGCAGAGCCCUCUCUGCUCACGGUACCAGCCUCGAUUGGCCCGGCCGUCCCAGCCGUCUUCAUUGUGGCGUCUUUUCCCUCGACAGAGCUCUGCCCUGGCCCUCGCACAGACCUGCAAAGAGGAUGUUCAUGUGUUUGCACUUGAGCGAGAGGGUGGUGGCAUGGGCCAGAGGAUAUACCUGGUCACCAGUUACACGGAGCUGUGGCACUACUACAGGACCUACAGGCAGUCCCUUAUGCACUGCUAUGAGGUGAUCCCAGAGGGAGCUGUGUGUAAGCUUUACUUCGACUUGGAGUUCCAGAGGGCGUGGAACCCCAGCCUGGAUGGGGGAAGAAUGGUGGCUCAGCUUAUUCAGUAUGUGUGUGAGAAGCUGCACGAGCUCUAUGGCUUGAAGUGCUCCAGCAAGGAUGUGCUGAAUUUGGACUCCAGCACAGAGGACAAGUUCAGCCGCCAUCUGAUCUUCCUCCUGCCUAAUGCAGCGUUCAAGGACAACAGUCAUGUUGGUCGUUUCAUCCAUGCUAUUGUAAGACCAGUGCUGAUCAUGCUUCAGGCACGCAAGGGCAGCCAGCCCGAGGAGAACUCCACCCUCUGUGCCAGUGCACAGCAAAGUAUAGAACCACUCACUUCCAUGGAGUGUAUUCCCAUCGGGGACAGAGGCAUGCUGGGAAGUCCGCAGCCCAAGAGACAAAAACAUGGGGAAGAUGACCUCAGUUUCCUGUUGGUGAAAAACAAAGAUGGACAGACUCAGCUGUUCGUUGACCUUGGGGUCUACACCAAGAACAGAAACUUUCGACUGUACAAGUCGUCGAAGCUGGGGAAGAAUGCAGCCUUCGUGGUAGCUAAGGACAACCAGUUUUCCCCAGAACCUGACAAGCAUCUCACCAUGGAGGAGAACAUCUUUCAGGCGUCUUUAAUCAGCAAUGUGAGUUACACAGGUCAGAGGAUUCUGACGUGGGAUGCCUCAGAGUUUGGAAAUCCCACAGGGCCUCGGCCAGAGGGCUCUACCAGAGCUCAGCCCAGCCCAGAUUGUGUUGGAGGCCACCAGUACUCCCCCUACAGAGAAGUGGAUGACUUUGUGCUGACGCUGCUAUGCAAGGGGGACAUCAGAGGAAGUAUACGGUGCUGGAACUACUUUGUGUCGGAGCAGCUGCUGGUCUAUGACAUUCUGAACUACCGCUGGUGCAACAACGUGGGGCGCUUCCACAAGAGCAACAACAUCAUGAUCCUAGUGGAUCUGAGGGAGGAGGUGUGGUAUCAGAAGUGCCACGACCCAGAGUGCAGGAGACAGAACUAUAGAUCCUCCAAUUACCCUCUGCCAGACGAGAUCUGCAUCAGUCAUCUACUCAAAGAGGAUGAGGAGGACCAGCUGUACCUGAUGGAUGAUGCAGGGACCAUUGAGCUCAGCCAGAGAUCUCCUUCUGAGGCUUCACCAGAAGGAGCCAAACCAGAGAACCGUACCCAGGCGGGAGACACUGAAGGCUGGGGGGACUGGGCUGAUGAUGACCCCUGUUACCUGGAGGCACUGCAGGAGGUGGAGAAGAGUGCGGAGGAGGUUUCUGAUGAGCUGCUGCUGACUGCAGCAGAUGAGUGUGAGAACAGGGGGAGAUGAUGGAGACAAGCCCAUGGGCCUGUAGUGGGUCCUACACAGACUGAGAAGCUGGGACAAUAUAAAUCCUAGUCUCUUGAAAGUGACAACGUAAUGGGGGAAAAAAAACAUAUUUACUGCUUAUAUGUCUGUUAGAAGUGCAGUUAUGUCAGCAUUUCUGACAAAAUGUUGGUGAAAACAUUUACCAUUACAGUUCUUUUAAAACGAUUUUGUGGAAAUGAUUUCACCAUGUAGGAUAACAUUUUUAAUUGCAACUUUUUUGAAAAUAGAAAUGGCUGUACAGACAUUUUAUAUUUAAAUUUAAAUUUCUAUA